AAGUGGCUGAGCAGUGAGGAGACGGGGAGGGGGCGGUUCCCGUUUUGCAGCGGAGCCGGAUGUUUGCCGAGCUUUGACAGGCGUGGCAAAAGGAGCGGAGCGCGAUCGCGGUUUCUCUUCAGGUUCCGUGGGCUGAGGCUGUCGGGGACUGGCUCAGCUAUGGACCCACUUUCAGAGCUGCAGGAUGACCUGACCCUGGAUGACACCAGCCAGGCUCUGAACCAGCUGAAGCUGGCCUCCAUUGACGAGAAGAACUGGCCCUCCGAUGAAAUGCCCGACUUUCCCAAGUCAGACGACUCCAAAAGCAGCUCCCCAGAACCUGUCACACACCUGAAGUGGGAUGACCCUUACUACGACAUCGCCCGGCACCAGAUUGUGGAGGUGGCAGGAGAUGACAAGUAUGGACGGAAGAUCAUUGUGUUUAGUGCCUGCCGAAUGCCUCCCAGCCACCAGCUGGACCACAGCAAGCUCUUGGGGUACCUGAAGCACACCCUGGACCAGUACGUGGAGAGUGACUACACACUGCUUUACCUGCACCACGGCCUGACCAGCGACAACAAGCCCUCCUUCAGCUGGCUCCGGGAUGCCUACCGGGAGUUUGACCGAAAGUACAAGAAGAACAUCAAGGCCCUGUACAUCGUGCACCCCACCAUGUUCAUCAAGACCCUGCUCAUCCUCUUUAAGCCCUUCAUUAGCUUCAAGUUUGGGCAGAAGAUCUUCUAUGUGAAUUACCUGAGUGAGCUGAGCGAGCACGUGAAGCUGGAGCAACUAGGGAUCCCUCGCCAAGUGCUCAAGUAUGAUGACUUCCUGAAGUCCACACAGAAGAGCCCUGCAACAGCCCCCAAGCCCAUGCCCCCACGGCCCCCACUGCCCAACCAGCAGUUUGGGGUCUCACUGCAGCACCUCCAGGAGAAGAACCCAGAGCAGGAGCCCAUUCCUCUCGUGGUCCGCGAGACUAUUGCCCACCUGCAGGCCCACGCUCUCACCACUGAAGGGAUCUUCCGAAGGUCUGCCAACACCCAAGUCGUACGGGAGGUACAGCAGAAGUAUAACAUGGGGCUGCCUGUGGACUUCGACCAGUACAACGACUUGCACCUGCCAGCGGUCAUCCUCAAGACCUUCCUCCGGGAGCUUCCUGAGCCCCUGCUCACCUUUGACCUCUACCCUCACGUAGUGGGUUUCCUCAACAUUGAUGAGAGCCAGAGAGUGGAGGUGACGCUGCAGGUCCUCCAGACGCUGCCCGAGGAGAACUACCAGGUGCUUCGUUUCCUUACUGCCUUCCUGGUGCAGGUUUCUGCCCAGUGUGACCAAAACAAGAUGACCAACACUAACCUGGCCGUCGUCUUUGGCCCUAACCUGCUGUGGGCCAAGGAUGCUGCCAUCACUCUCAAGGCCAUUAAUCCCAUCAACACCUUUACCAAGUUCCUCCUGGACCAUCAAGGGGAGUUGUUCCCUACCCCUGGCUCCUAGGGGCUCUGAGCACAGCCCCUGCCCACCAGCCCCCUUCUCUGAUAGCCCUUCCUCUGGGAGCCCCAGUUUGGACUCCUGCCCAGGAGGGGGUCAUGAGGCCCGAGAAGAUGAAGCUGGAGCCAGCCAGCUGGGCAGCUCCUCCUCCCCUUUCCAGUCCACCUCGCCGGCCCUGGAGGCCUUGCUGUUACCAUGGGACAUUUUUCUUCGCCUUAUACUUCUCCUGCCUCCUUGGAUCCCUGGUUCCUGUGGGGCUGUGCAGAGCUGGCCCUGGCCCUUCCAGUGGGAGAACUGGCUCCAGCAGUCCUUUCCUGCUUUCUCCUGCCUCUUUCCACUGUCAGCUGGG